CCAGCAGGAAGUUGUGAACAGAGUUUAAAAGCUGCUGCAGGACUGCAGACAUUCACAGCAAGCUGGACGGACCAGCAAUGUACUUGCUGAAGGUUCUGCUGCUGGGGCUGGGUGUUUCAGUAAACUCAGGUGUUUCUCUGCAGAAGAGAAUCAUUGGAGGUCGAAACUGUGAAAACACAGAGCGUCUUUUUCAUGUUCGGCUGGAGAGCAGCAGGUCUAGUAAUGAAAGGAUCCGCUGUGGAGGAUCUCUGAUCGACCCUGAGUGGAUCCUGACUGCAGCUCACUGCUGGAAGCCAGGAUGGAUUAAUGAAGCAAUGUUAGAAGUUCAUCCACAGACUGCUAGGCAGCAGAGUCAAGUAAUCCGAGACAGACCUGUGAUUUAUACUCGCAGUCGCAGAGACCAUGACAUUGCGUUGGUGAAGCUUCAUACACCAGUAUCAGGUGUCCCUCUUGCUCGGCUAUCAGACUGCAGAUAUCGUCUUAAAGUAGGCGAUACUGUUCAUCUGGCAGGAGAGGGAGAAACAACAGCUGGCCCCAAUAAUCAGCGAUUGCCUAUUAUUCCUCCUAUUCCAGCAAAUCUUCAGUGUGUCGACAUGAAUGUUGUUGCCGUUUCCCUCUUCAUAGUGCCAUAUGGGCAUGUAUUCCGUGCUGAAGCACCGAACAAGGAUAUAUGCUAUGCCGACACUGGUGGAGCAGCGAUAUACAAUGGCAAGAUUUAUGGUGUGAUUGCUCUUAGUGGAGAAUUAGCAUAUCAGAGUCCAGCUACAAUCAUGGAUGUGUGUAAAUACAAGGACUGGAUUAAAAGAACAAUUAGGCGUGGAAAAUAAACUAUUGUGGAAUAAAAUUCUCAUAAAAUUUCCUCACAUAUAAUUUUAUAAUUGCAUCUUCAUCAGUUUGAUCCACAUGUCUGUAGAAUUAGAAUAAAUGAAGUUUUGUUUUUUUCUCACCUGAUCUUCACCUCCCUAAUGGAGCUUUCUCUUCACCUAAGAAAUGAAAAAUAAAUUAAUAAAUGCAUGAAAAAGAAACA